AUUGUACGUGUUACCUUCACUAAGGUUGAAGACUCGGUGAUGAGAUCAUGGUGUGGGAAUAGGCCUACUGUUUAUCUAAUUCCUGCUAGUUUCUUGUCGGCUUUAGUAAGGUCACAAGAUGUCUGAGAAUAAAAACGAUAAGGUGUUUGUUGUUGGAUCCAGGAAAAGUCAGCUGGCAUUAAUACAGACAAAUACAAUAAUUACCAAACUGAAAGAAUGCCAUCCAGGUCAAGAAUUUCAUACUAUUACCAUGACAACCACUGGAGAUAAUAUUCUCGAUUCAGCUUUAUCAAAAAUAGGAGAAAAAUCAUUAUUCACUAGAGAACUAGAAAAUGCUUUAAAAGAAAAACAAGUCCAUUUUGUGGUUCAUAGCCUAAAAGAUCUACCUACUACGUUACCUGAUGGUUUGACUAUAGGAUGUGUUUAUAGACGUGAUGAUCCCUAUGAUGCUGUAGUUAUGAGUUUUAAUAAUCGUGGUAAGACUUUAGCCACUUUACCACCAGGAAGUAUUAUUGGUACCAGUUCAUUAAGAAGAGCAGCACAAAUUAAAAGAAAAUAUCCUCAUUUUGAAAUCAAAGAUAUUAGAGGUAAUUUAAACACAAGGUUUAAGAAACUGAAUGACAGUAACUAUGAUGCUAUUAUUCUAGCUAAAUCAGGGCUAGAGAGGAUGGACUGGCACACUGCUAUAGGAGAGGUUUUAACGCCCGAUGUGUGUAUGUAUUGUGUAGGACAGGGGGCGCUAGCAGUAGAAUGCCGAGCCAAUGACGAGGAAACAUUACGAUUAUUAGCUCCCCUACAUCACAAUGACACAGCUAUAAGAUGUAUCGCAGAACGCGCUUACCUUAAAAAACUGGAAGGAGGGUGUAGUGUACCAGUCUGUGUACAAACAGAACUAAAUGAUACAGAGCUGAUGAUUCGAGGUGGUGUAUUUAGUAUUGGUGGACAAGAAUCAGUAGUUGAUAGUUUAACAGUUGAACUACCAUUAGAGGACACAGACACAGAACCCCAGUCAAAGUAUGCUGGAAUCAUGGAAUCUGAUGAAAUCCCACACGAGGCUUUCCUGAAAGCAGAGAAUGCUGGGAUAGAAUUAGCUGAGAAAUUAUUUAAGCAAGGAGCAGACGAAAUUUUGAAAAAGACGAAAAAAAUAAUGGCGGAUGAGGUACGAAAAGAACAAGCUCGGAAAGAAGAAGAAAAGGCGGCAGCUGCAGCAGCUUCAAAAGAGGCCACCAGUUCAUCAUAA